ACAAUUGUACAAACCCUCGUCCCCCUCGUUAGUUUUCUAUUCCAAUUUCCAACUUUCCCUCUCAGUUCUCAGAGUUCCUCCUCCUUCUCGCGAUGAAAACCAGUUGCACAGCCAACACAGAACUUGUACGCUGCAUUGCAGCUUCCAACAGACCCUCCGAGCAUAAACCCUACUUUUCAAAACGAUUUCUAUGCAAGCCCGAGUUCCUGUGCUUCUCCGACAAACUUCGGCUACUGUCAACCGGUGGCAAUGUUGCGAGAACAAAACGAAUUGUGAAGCAAAGUUCAAUAAUCUCGAACUCGAAUAGAAAUGGUGAUGGAGAAGGUCUGACAUACAAGGACGCUGGCGUCGACAUAGAUGCAGGGUCGGAGUUAGUUCGAAGAAUCUCGAAGAUGGUUUCGGGAAUCGGAGGCUUUGGAGGCCUUUAUCCCCUCGGGGAUUCCUACCUUGUUGCUGGUACAGAUGGUGUAGGAACAAAGCUUAAGCUUGCUUUUGAAACUGGAAUACAUGAGACUAUUGGGAUUGAUUUGGUUGCCAUGAGUGUCAAUGACAUUGUCACAUCUGGAGCAAAGCCACUGUUCUUCCUCGAUUACUUUGCAACAAGCCAUCUUGAUGUUGAUCUUGCUGAAAAGGUUAUAAAAGGUAUUGUUGAUGGAUGCCGACAGUCUGAUUGUGCUCUUUUAGGAGGAGAGACAGCAGAAAUGCCAGAUUUUUAUGCUGAUGGGGAAUAUGAUCUCAGUGGGUUUGCUGUUGGUAUUGUAAAAAAGGAUGCAGUAAUUGAUGGUAAAAACAUUGUGGCUGGAGAUGUUCUCAUUGGUCUUCCAUCAAGUGGAGUCCAUUCUAAUGGGUUCUCUCUUGUGAGAAGGGUCCUAGCCCGAAGUGGUCUUUCUUUAAAGGACCAACUUCCUGGAGAGCCUAUUACACUAGGUGAAGCUCUUAUAGCUCCAACUGUUAUCUAUGUUAAGCAGGUGCUUGACAUUAUAAACGAAGGAGGUGUGAAAGGGAUAGCCCACAUCACAGGUGGUGGCUUUACAGAAAAUAUACCUCGGGUCUUUCCGAAAGGUCUUGGGGCGGCUAUCUAUAAAGGCUCUUGGGAAGUCCCUCCUAUUUUCAAAUGGAUCCAAGAGGCUGGAAAGAUAGAAGAUGCAGAGAUGAGGCGAACGUUCAACAUGGGUAUUGGGAUGGUUUUAGUUGUUAGCCCAGAGGCAUCGGUUAAAAUUCUUGGAAAGGGAAAUGGAAGAAAUUUAGCAUAUCGAAUUGGUGAGGUCAUAAGUGGGGAAGGGGUGAGCUAUCGCUGAAAUUCCUUCCCUCAACUCCAUUUCCCAACUCUUCUGAGAAGCAAGUUUUCUUUUUUCCUGUUCUUGCUCAUUGUGAAGCUUUGAAAUGUUGGUCAAAGCUAAAUAUCAGUUAUACUAGUUCUUGUAUUGUAACAUUAUAAAACAAUAAUAUCAUAAGUUUAAAUAUGGAGAAA